CAGGAGAUUCCACAACCCUCGUCAUACGUAUCCCACCCUCAAACAAGCUCCUUCCUCCGCGCCUUUGCGACAGAGUCAGGAUAUUAACUGGAGCAACCCCCCACCCAAUCUGGGCAGACCCUCCUUCUGCGGAUAUACCUUUUCGCCCAGCCCAACCUCCUGCAGCUCCUGAAGAGCUCGAGAUGCCCAACAGCUUCUACACACACUUCUUCUACUCUUCGGUGUUUUGUUCUACGAAUUCCCCGUCAACAUCUGUAGCCCGACAGACAAGCUACCCUUGACUGUUUUGCUCUACGAAUUCCCCGUCAGCGUCUGCAGCCCGACAGACAAGUUACUCUUCGUUCGCCCGCGACACAACUGCCGCCACACUAUGAAGCUUUUCAAUCGUCGGCUUCCGGCGGUGAGGUUACUCGCAUGCGCAGUGCUACUGUUAUUGCUCGCAGCAGCGACCACCGAGGCAAAGAGAGUGCACCGGCCAGAUAAACUCUCGCCUGAGGACAUUGAGCGCGCCGUGGCCAACACGCCAUCAAGACCGAGCACUAGACAAUCGUUUUUUAGGUUGUCGCUCCGGAACCUGAACCCACGUCACCAUGUGGCUCGACAAGAUAACGAUGAUAAGAACGAGUGUCGCAAUGUGAAUAGAUCCAAGGACAAGUGCGCAUUCGUCCGCAAACACUGCCUUGAAGAACGAGUUGGCCUGCUGGAUUAUCUCGACCUUUACUAUUGCCGCUUCGGAAGCACGAAAGGCGUACCAUUCCUCAUCCUGGCAUCAUGGCUCGGAAUACUGUUCUCGACCAUCGGCAUCGCCGCGAGCGACUUCUUUUGCAUCAAUCUUUCUACUAUCGCCGCCAUCCUCGGCAUGUCGGAGAGCAUGGCGGGUGUGACGUUCCUCGCCUUCGGUAACGGGUCGCCUGACGUGUUCAGCACGUUUGCUGCGAUGAAGAUUAAUUCCGGCUCGCUCGCUAUCGGUGAACUUAUCGGCGCCGCAUGCUUUAUCACUGCUGUCGUCGCCGGCUCGAUGGCCAUCGUACGCCCCUUCAAGGUCGGCCGGAAAUCAUUCAUUCGCGACGUCUCGUUCUUCGCCGUGGCUGUACUUUUUAGUCUGUAUUUCCUCGCGGAUGGCAGGAUCAAGAUGUGGGAAUGUGUCUUGAUGAUUGUGUUUUACUUGUUGUAUGUGGUCUUCGUUAUCGGAUGGCAUUGGAUGGCGGGGCGCAAGAAGCGUAGAAGACGCAAGGAGCGACGUGCUAGGGAGCAUUACACCGCGCCCGAAGAGGAGGAUCUCCUGGUGGAGGAAGAUGACGAAGACGGCGGUGUUGGUCAGGGGGCCCAGGAAAAUGGGGAUUUACACGAUUUCCGCGCCUUGGAGAGCGGGCUGGGACGAGACCUGGACGACGACGACGAAGACGAAGAAGAGCGUGAAGAGCGUGAAUACGCCGAGUUGAGCAAUAACGUGAGGAAUAGUCGGCCCGGAAUGGAGAGACGGUUAACAGCUGCUACGACACACACGAUUAGACCUUCACUGGUUGGCGCACUGGAGUUCCGGGCUGUUCUCAGUUCUCUCGAGAAGACCAAGAAUCUUCGGGGCAGGCAGAUACACCUUAGGAGGUAUUCUGAUGACCCGAUGCUCUCCGGCCAUUCACUUUCUGAGCCCAACCCAGAGAGACCGAACCUGGGCGGUCCGGUUGAUGCGACAGAUCCUCGCCAUACGCCGCACUCGCUCUUGAGGCCGUCGACGGGGCCAUUAGGCAGAUUACGAGCUGUUUCCGUCAAUGAUGCCGCGCAAGCCGUGGUUGACGUAGGGAACCUCCAUUCACGAAUCCCCGACCUCUUGGUACAAGAAUCGGACGACGGAGGGUCGGCAUCAGAGCAGGAGAAUCAACCGCAUGUAUUUGCUAUAAAACGACCUCCCGGAAUGCGAAUAUAUACAUCACAAUUCCUCGCUCCACCAUCUUCUACCGGAACAAGCCCGGCGCACUCGCCGCCUGGCUCAGCACCGCCAUCUCCUUUGUCGAAAGUGGCACCUCGCUUCUCGAUCUUGGAUUCGGACGUAGAUUCUGACGUGAUUACGGAUUCUCCGGGGCCGAUCGGAGGUCGGCCAUCCCCGCCACCAUCGCUCCGACUUCCUCGGUCAUCAAUGGAUUCCUCUUUGACCGCUUUGAGCAUACCCGUCCAACAGGCGAAAAGGAUGAAAUACUGGCCUUACAGCCUUUUCCCUUCGCCGCAACGCCUCUACGUCACGUUCUUCCCCACACUGCAGGACUUCACGGACAAGACUUUCCUGGAGAAAGUCUUCGCGCUCGUUGCAGUACCUAGCGUCUUUUUCCUCACCCUCACACUUCCAGUAGUUGAAGGUCCCGAGCGUCCCUCCGCCGACGACGGCAAGCCCGGUGGCGGGCAACAUAAUGCGCUUCCGCCGGAGAGUCCAAGCUCGUUCCUCACCACCACCACUAUUGCCACACCGAUGGUGACGCCUUCUGAUCCCCCUCCGCCACCAAAGGACUGGAAUCGCUGGUUAGUUGCAAUCCAGUGUAUCACUGCGCCGCUGUUCAUAGUACUCGUUCUGUUUGCGGAUUCCGAUACUCCUCUGUUGAAACCGAUCCUUUACGCGCUCCUCACUGGGCUGGUAUGCCUCGCCUUACUCCUCACUCUGACGACGCCCAUGCAGCCACCACGGUUUCGCUACCCUCCUCUGCUUCGGCGGGAAGUAGUCGGGAUCCUCAAAGCCUUCGGAGUAAUCUUUGGUAUAUCGGAUGCGAUCCUCGGUCUCACCAUCUUCGCAGUCGGCAACUCACUCGGCGACCUGGUUGCGGACAUAACAAUAGCACGACUCGGCUUCCCGGUGAUGGCACUCAGCGCGUGUUUCGGUGGGCCCAUGCUCAACAUCCUCCUCGGUAUCGGCGUUAGCGGACUGUAUAUGACCAUUAUCAAGGGUGAUCCAGUCUACCACAUCGAAGUAUCCAGCACGCUCGUUAUCAGUGCUGCAACACUGCUUCUGACGCUGGUGGUCCUCCUUGUGUGGGUUCCGCUGAAUAACUGGAUGAUGUCUCGCCGUAUCGGCAUCACGCUCAUUUCCAUCUGGACAGUCGGCACGGCGAUCAACGUGGCUGUUGAGGUUACCGGAGUGGGGACGAAGUGGGGUGGACAGGUCGCAAGGGGGGGCUAGGCACCUCUGUUUUUUGUAGGAUGGUUUGGAGUUUUUGGGUUUGCGGCGCUUUUGGGUUUGUCGAUUGAUGACGCGAUGGUUGAAGGAUUCGGCUCUGAUGCGGGCUCGAGGUAGAGAGAUGAUGUUUUUAAUCUUUGAGGUUUUUUGGAGCGGGAUGACACGGUACGGUAAUCUGAUGGUAUUUGGU